UGAAAAAGGAGCGGAGGGGACCUCUCCAUUGGUUUUUCCCUCUCUAAUAAUCAGCCAUUAGCAAGCAAUUUCUGCAAUAUGCGCUCUCCCUCGUGAUCUACUCUUAUUUCUCUUUCUGCAAAAAACGACACAAAACGACACCGAAUAUGGGCCCAUCUUCAUCUUCUUCUUCUUCAAAACUUGCUGAGCCAAAAUACAACAGCAAGAACCAACUCCUCUCUCUCUUCUUCACCUGCUUCUUUGACUCUUCUGUCGUUUCCUUUUCAGCCUUUUAUUUUUAAUUUUGUUAGUAAAUUUUUUUUUUGUCGUAAAUGAAGUGUUUUCAUUUCACCAACGGAGAGAGAAGAGACGACGAGGAUGGAGGUGCCGGCGAUGUCGUUUCAAGAGUGGUGUCGAGAGUUUCGUGGGCGAGGUCUUUGAGCAUAGCUUCGAGUAGUAUUGACACGAGACGGUCUGAAUUUGACUAUGAGUGUAACUCGUCGAGAGACUUGUCUGACUCUGUUGGAUUCUAUGAGUUUCUCUCUCAGCGAAGAGCUAAUGAUCUGCGAGUCUUUACUUUUGCCGAGUUGAAAUCGGCUACUAGAGGUUUCAGUAGAGCUCUUUUGAUCGGCGAAGGAGGGUUUGGGUGUGUUUAUAGAGGUGUUGUUAGGGUUCCUGAUGAUGAAAUCGAAGGUCAUGACUUGAAGAUGGACGUUGCUAUAAAGCAGUUGAAUCGUCACGGCUUCCAGGGGCAUAAGGAAUGGAUUAAUGAAGUGAAUUUCUUAGGUGUAGUUAAGCACCCAAAUCUUGUCAAGUUGGUAGGAUAUUGUGCUGAAGAUGAUGAAAGAGGAAUGCAACGGCUAUUGGUGUAUGAGCUUAUGCGUAACAAAAGCUUAGAGGAUCAUUUAUUGGCUCGAGUUCCUAUUCCUCUUCCAUGGAUGACAAGACUGAAAAUCGCUCAAGAUGCAGCUCGCGGGUUGGCGUAUCUCCAUGAAGAAAUGGAUUUUCAGCUAAUAUUUCGAGAUUUUAAAACAUCAAAUGUACUGCUGGACGAGGACUUCAAUGCGAAGCUUUCAGAUUUUGGACUGGCUAGGCAGGGGCCUCCUGAGGGACUUGGACAUGUUUCAACAUCAGUUGUGGGCACAGUGGGUUAUGCAGCUCCAGAAUAUGUUCAGACUGGCAGACUGACUGCGAAGAGUGAUGUGUGGAGCUUUGGGGUGGUUCUCUAUGAGCUUAUCACUGGAAGGCGAGCGCUAGAGAGAAACCUACCUCGGGCCGAGCAAAAGCUUUUAGAAUGGGUAAGACCAUAUGUAUCAGAUUCAAAGAAGUUCUACCUUAUUUUAGACCCACGACUUGAAGGACAAUAUAGCAUCAAGUCAGCUCAGAAACUAGCAGCCCUAGCAAACAAAUGUCUAACAAAACAGCCGAAGUCCCGCCCAAAAAUGAGCGAGGUAGUAGAAAUGCUUGGAAACAUCAUUAGUGAGACUUCACCUCAAGAUGAAGUUCCCUGUGCACCUGUCUGUGAAACUGAAGAAGUUAAGGAGGAUAUCUCUGCAGAAACUGAGCCCGAGUCUAUUAAACAAGGUAAUAGUUGUCGAAAGAAGGUUUUUGAUCUAAGAGAAAUAGUCAACCUGAGGAACAGAUCCAUAGGGAAACUAGAUUGGAGAAGUUGGACACCAGGAUCGGUAAGAAGUACUUCAGAAUAGACUUUUGGUAGUCAGUAGAAAUGCAUACACCCUUUCUUCAUCAUAGGAAUGGAAGAUCAAUGAAUUUAACCAUCACAAGCAACAACAUGAAUACUAGUAAAGCAAUUAAUUCUCUGCAUAAAUUGGAAAGGUAUUCAUUUCCUGUUUUUUCUGCAAGAUAGCUGUAAAUAUUGGUUUUGGAGUCUGAAGCUGCAAUUCAUGUAUGCUUCUCUCAAAAAACCAUAUUUUAAAUCAAAUUUGCGAGUCGUCUAUAUGUAGUUUUCCCCAAGAUGCAUAAUCAUUUAUGUGCAAGAGAUGCUAAUUCCAAUUUCUGAGUUUUUCGCGGUUAGGGUUUUUUUACAGAGAAUGUGGAAGAGUUGAAGGACAUAUUCCCCACAUAGAUUCCACCUGACCUCUGGUAGACCGAAGUACUUUGGGGUACGCUUGGCUUCGAUCCGUUUUCUUUGUAAAAUCUGUCUUAAAUGGGAUUUUCCUUUUCUAAUACUGAAUGGGACAGGAUAUAUAGAGUUGGUUGGGUUUGGAUAAUGCAUUCCCUCUUUGAAUAA